UCAAUGGAGGUUUUUCACCAUGCUGUCCUGCUCAUGGUUUGGUGUGUGCUGGUACAAUCUGAGCCCAGCUGUGAUCAGGAACAGUUAUUACACCCUAAUGGCAGUUGUGUUUCAUGCCCUGUAUGUGGGCCAGGAGAACAGCUCUCAGAGGACUGUGGCUUUGGUGAUGGCGGUGAAGGUGUCUGUAUGGUGUGUAAAGAGGGGAGAUUCAGCACAGAUACAGAUGUGACUCCUUGCAAAAGAUGCACACAGUGUAAUCUGCUGAACCGGCUGGAGAAAACAAAAUGCUCAUCCACCAGUGAUGCUCUGUGUGGACAGUGUCUGCCAGGGUAUUAUGAACUUAGGAGCAUUACUGGGGAAGUGGAGUUGCCCUGUGUGCCUUGUUACAACCAUGACACAGUCCAUAAGGAGUGUUUCCUUUUGACAGUUCAAGGCUCCAAAGCAGAGAUUGCUGUCACUGUGUCCAGGGGACAUUUCAAAGAACCUAAAGACAAAAGGGUUAAAGAGGAAACAUUUUCAAUGGUCCUAAUUGGCUCAGCAACAGCUUCAUUGAUUUUCCUUAUUGCUCUGCUGCUUUGGGCUUUCCUCCUGACUGCUGAGAGAUUCAAGCAGGUUCCUGAGUACUGCCCAGGACCUAAAGGCCUGUUCUCUGAAGCAGACAUUCAGCUCCCACCAUUGUCCAGCCCCAAACCAACAGAGCGCCCAUCACAGAUACUCGCUCUAGUUGAAGUUCCCCCCAGAUGCCUGAGCUCCAUUAGUUAUGAGAAAGAGGUGCAUCCUACUUCUAUUGUGAUUAAUGUCACCACCAACAUCAAGUCCUCCAAUCAAAAAAAAGAGAGCUCUCACAUCUUACAGGAGGAACAGCAAAGCAGCUGCUAUUCCAUGGAGGAGAUGGAGCAAAAACUACAGAAAAUAUGGGAGAUGGCUCAAGGUCAGGGUAUUGAGAUGCUGGACUAUGACUCAAUCCAAGACCUAUCCCUGUUGCUGGACUCUUCUGACAACAGGAACUUGUUGAGAAGACUUGGGCGUUCUUUGGGUGUCCCCCCUCAGGUCAUUGCUCAUCUUCAAGGCUUCCAGGACCUCUUUCAGUACCUCUGCACCUCCACCUACACACUGCUGCCUCAACUGGCCCAAGCUGCUGCUCUCUUGCCUAACCCUGAAGUUGUUGCUAGGAUACACCGAGCUGUGGCCAACAAGUGACCACUUAAACCCUCAAGAUGUGUU